AUGGCAGUUGUACUAAAUACCAGCAAGGAUUUCCACAAAGUCGGCUACACGUAUGCAUUCUUCUGGUGGGGCUUAUUCGCCCUUUACUGCAUCGCCUACCAGAUCGACCGAUUCCUCGUCUACCGCGCGCGUCUCCAAUUGAGUCAAGGCAAACCCGUUUCCAAACCGUUCUCGCUCUUUGCACUGCUGAAUCCGCUGAAACCUCUCGGCGACUAUGUGACUCAAAUCCCCUUUGUCACGACCUGGAUGCCUGUCAAGCACAUAAUCGGUGUAUCCUUGUUUUCGAUCAUCAAUGUCCUAUGGAUUCUCUUUGCACCCUUCAAGCUGGUUGAUGGCAAGACCUGGGCCGACGUCAUGAGUAUCGGCUUGAUGGACCGUCGUGCAGCGUAUGUUGGCAUGGUCAACUGGAGCUUUGUCUUUAUCCUUGGUUCAAGAAAUAAUGUCGUCACCCGUAUGUCUGGCAUGACUUUUGAAGGCUUGGUUCCUUUCCAUCGAUGGUUGGCCAGAAUUGGUUUUGCAGAGUACAUGCCUCAUUUUGUUUGGCGCAUUAUCCAUGGUUACCGUCACAACUAUAUCGUCAAGGAUGCGCUUUUCAGAAACAUCGAGCAAGGCACUGGCACCAUUGCCAUGAUCGGCUUUUUGUUCCUAUUUGUGUUUUCCUUUGAAUGGAUACGCCGCAAUCACUUUGAGAUCUUUUACUACACGCACAUUUUCGGAAUCAUCGUGGCCAUCAUUGCCUCCUGCUGGCACGAGACCGGUUGCUUUUACUAUUUCAUCCCUGCUGUCCUUCUCUGGGCCUUUGACCGUAUCUGGCGUUCAUUCCAGUCCUGGAGUGUCAAGACCAAAAUCGUGAAUGUCGAGGCGUAUAAUUCCGGAUCCAAGCACGGUAUUACCCGUGUCCUUUUCGAAUACAGUCGCUUAUCUCAAUAUCAUCCUGGCCAAUACAUGUUUGUUACCUUGGUGAACAAGACCAAAAGGGCGUUUUGGAACUAUGCCAAUUGGCAUCCCAUGACAAUUUCUGAAGACAUUAUCAUCAAGAAAGCCAGCGAAAAAACCCAGACGACCCAUGAAGAAGCAGCUGGAAGCAGUAGCAGUACCGGUAGCAGCAGUCAUGACAGCAACAGCUUCACUAACGCAACACGACGUCGUCGUUCCGAGCAUGAUCAGCCUGCUGCAUCGAUCCAUAUCAAGGCCCUCGGAUCCUACACCACAGACCUAUUACAUUCUGCCACUGGCCACCAUGAUCUGGAUUUGAAGGUCGAUGGUCCCUAUGGUCCUCGUUUGGAAUACCAAGACUAUAAGACCAUGGCUUGUUUUGCUGCUGGUAUAGGUAUUACGCCUGCUCUGACAUUAAUCAAAGAUUGUGCCGAACGACGUGCUGCUGGCGUAGACACUGUGGUGACCGAACAAGUCCACCUUGUGUGGGCCAUUCGUACACUAGAUGAACUGACGCCAUUUACGGAUCUGAUAAUUUUCUGGACCGAACAAUGCCAGCGUGCAGCGAAUCCAUUUCAACUAAACCUCGACAUUUAUGUCACACGCGAAGUGCCUACCGAUGGCUCGAACAACAAACGCCACUGGAUUGAAGAUCUGGAGCAUUGCAAUGUGACAUUUAAUCAACGGCCCGAUAUUGCUGGCUGUAUGGAUCAUAUUGAAGCGACAGCAACGGAUACAAACUCGGUGUGGGUGCAUACAUGCGGUUCGGAUGAUUUCAUGAGACUCAUUAUGAAUCAAGCUAUCAAACAUCACUGGGACGUACACCAUGAAACAUUUGAGUUCUGAGGUCAAUUAGACAAGCCAUUGUAUCAAUAUCACAAUUGUAGUAUAG